AUGUGGGAGAAGAAUUCAGAAACAGGAAAGGAACAUUCUAUUAAUGUACAAGUUGUGUGUAAUUGUAAAUUAGUGUUCCUAAAUGUUGUUGCCCGAUGGCCAGGAUCCACUCACGAUGCAACUAUAUUUAACCAUUCUGAUUUAAAAGAUUAUUGUGAACAAGGUAGACUUGGAAAUCGCUGGCUGCUUGGUGAUAGUGGCUAUCUAUGCACACCCUAUCUAUUGACACCUCUACUCAACCCAAAUACUCCAUCAGAGCAAUCUUAUAAUGAAGCACAUAUUAAAACAAGAAAUACUAUAGAGAGGUUUAUUUUGUUUAGUAAAUACUAG